AUGGAAAAUCGUCGGCCUGAUAUCACACUAACCAGAGGAAGCACUAUCGUUUUGCUGUUUCUUGCCUCGAUCUUCAAUGUUCAAGGAGUGCAAGGAUCUAUAGGGGUGAACUAUGGCACGGUGGCGAACGACCUCCCGCCACCGUCCCAAGUCGCGCACUUCCUUCUACAAUCCACCAUCAUCAACCGUGUUAGGCUCUUUGACACCAACCCUCAAAUACUCCAAGCCUUUGCUCAUUCCGGCAUUCCCCUAACAAUAACGGUCCCCAAUGACCAAAUCCCCCACUUCACAAAACUAAGGUUUGCCCAAAAUUGGCUCAAUACCAAUGUCAUACCAUACACCCCGGCCACCAACAUAGUCCGCAUCUUGCUAGGAAAUGAAGUGCUCUCCACCACCAACAAGUUGUUCAUUGGGAAUUUAGUCCCUGCUAUGCAAACCCUUCACAUGGCACUUGUAGAUGCCUCCUUGGACCGUCAAAUCAAAGUCUCUACUCCACAUUCUCUAGGCAUUCUCUCAAGCUCAAGUCCACCAUCCUCAGGUAAGUUUAGGCAAGGCUAUGACACCCAUGUCCUUAAACCACUACUCACUUUUUUGAGAGUCACUAAGGCUCCUUUCAUGGUUAACCCCUAUCCCUAUUUCGGAUACUCGGGCGACACGCUCGAUUAUGCACUUUUCCGACCAAAUGCCGGUGUGGUUGAUCCCAAUACUAAACUUCUAUACACCAACAUGUUGGAUGCCCAAUUAGAUGCUAUAUAUUCAGCUUUAAAGGUUGUGGGCUUUGCGGACCUCGAAAUUGUUAUAGCCGAAACAGGCUGGCCUUCGAAGGGUGAUGCAGGCCAAGUUGGAGUUGACCUAGAGAGCGCAGCCGACUACAACCAAAAUCUCAUUCGUCACAUGACAUCCGGUAAUGGUACCCCGUUGAUGCCAAACAGGACUUUUGAGACCUACAUAUUUGCCCUCUUCAAUGAAAACCUCAAGCCCGGCCCAACAAGCGAGAGAAACUUUGGGCUUUUCCGACCCGACAUGACACCGGUCUACAAUGUUGGCGUCCUCCGGCACACGGCUAGUUCGUCUACACCGGGGAAUGAAAGCCCAAGCCCAAAGCAAACUCCGUCGCCGCUGCAUGCAGGAAAACAAUAUUGUUUGCCCAAAAAUGGGGCAGACACAGAGGCCUUGCAAAAGAACAUUGAUUAUGUUUGUGGGCUAGGAUUGGAUUGUGGCCCGAUUAAGCAAGGAGGGCCGUGCUUUAUGCCUAACACAGUUAGAGCUCAUGCAGCUUAUGCCAUGAACAUAUACUAUCAAGCAAUGGGAAGGAACGGCUAUGAUUGCGAUUUUGAGCAAACGGGAGCCACCACAACCGUCGAUCCAGGCUAUGGAAAAUGCAAGUAUUGAUGAUGGAGAGAAUUGCAAUGCUGAAGAUAUAUUACCUCCACCUUAGUAGCCCUUU